UUCAAAUCGCUAUUCCGAAACUUUGCUUUAAUCCGAUUGGUCGAAUCGAUUUCCAGCAUGCAAUUUCUAACACUGGUUUGAUACGGGCAUUACGGUUCUUCAGUGGCUUCACAUGGUCUUCGUGAGUGAUUUCACAGCUGUUGAGCAUCAUGACAUUGCAGCAACGCGCUUGCGGUCUUGUGAUUUUUCGCCGAUUUCAAGGUACUAUUCAAUACUUGCUAAUGCAAACAUCAUACGGAGAACAUCACUGGACGCCGCCUAAAGGUCACGUUGAUCCGGAUGAAUCUGACAUGGAGACGGCCUUGCGCGAGACUCAAGAAGAGGCUGGAUUUGUACCAAAUGAUUUGAAAAUCUUCGAGGACGCGAGGCACGAAAUGACGUAUAAAGUGAAGGGAAAGCCGAAAAUCGUUAUCUAUUGGUUGGCGGAACUGCUCAAUCCGGACAAACUUGUGAGAUUGUCGAAUGAACAUCAAGCGUUUGACUGGCUCCCGUUGCGCGAAGCAUGUGAUCGCGCAAAAUACAACGAAAUGCAGAAAGCACUCAACGAGUUCGAUAAUUAUGUAUCGCGAAAUCUUUCGUAGGUUUUGUUCCGAGAGAGACAUAUUUUUAUCUUAUGCUUGUUUCUACCAACAU